CUGCCGAUUGGCUAAAGUCUCGUGGUGAGAUUCACUCACAACAAAAUGGCCGACAACCUGAACUGGCCGAUCGGUCUGGAUAAUUUGCCUGAUCUAGGACCAGACUUAUUGGCAACAAAUGAUCUUGAAAGUGGAGGACUGGGGAGCGUUGAUGACAUUCUGAAAUAUAUCAAUGGAGAUAACCCAACAGGUGACCUAUUUGACCUGCCAUUGGUGAAGCAGGAACCAGAGACAUUGAUAGCUGAAACGCAACCAGUGUAUGUGGAGGCACCAACAGCAGCACCAACAGCAGCACCAACAACAGUUGAAUUGGUGCAACCUGUACAAGCUGUUAAAAGUGAAACCCAGCUUGAAUCUAUUAGUGAACUGCUGAAUCAAAAUGCUCUCAAAACCUUGCUUGAGAUUAAUGACAACACAUCGUUCGGCAGUCAGUUGCAGCAGGUUGCUGCUCGCAUGCAGGCUAUGCAGAAAGUUCAGAGACUUGCACAGCAGCAGCGACAGCAGCAGCAACAACAACUUCAGCAACUACAGACACAGACGGUACAGAUUCAGCCACAGGUGCAGAUACAAACCCAGCCACAGGUGCAGAUACAAACCCAGCCACAGGUGCAACAGCGUUCACCUCAGCAACAGCUGAAACUGAUUUUGCAACAACCUUUGGUUACGACGACAACCCAGGCACAGCCUCGUACCCAGGUGCAGCAGUUAAUACAACAAGCAGUGUCUUUGCAAUCGGCACCUGCACCUGCUCCUGCACCUGCUCCAGCACCUGUACAGCAGACAACAACCAAUGUCAGUCAGCUGAGUUUGCAGCAACUACAACAGUUGCUGCUUCAGUCCCAAGUUUUGAAGACGACCACUGUGAGUGAACCAACACCAACUGUUGUGUCUAUUUCUUCUCCGGUCACUACAAUCAAUAACGCGAACACUACUGUUAGCAGUGUAACAUCAUCACCCGUGCAGACGAUAGUUGCUGGGGGCAACACCAUACUCACCAGUAUUCCUAUCCAAGUUGUAGAUGGUGACAAGGUACCCAUCAACCGACUCAACACCAUGCCAAAGAAAGCGCACAAGGGUGAAAAACGAACAGCACACAAUGCCAUUGAGAAGCGUUACAGACUUAGUAUCAAUGACAAGAUUGUGGAGUUAAAAGAUCUUGUAGCAGGAACAGAAGCAAAGCUGAACAAAUCUGCAAUUUUACGAAAGGCGAUUGAUUUCAUCCGAUAUCUGCAAAAUAGCAACAACCGUCUAAAACAGGAGAAUAUGGCUCUCAGGAUGGCUACCAGCAAACAAAAUCUGGAGGAGUUACUUGCAAGUACGAAGGAAGCAGGUGCAUUCCCAAUGACGCCCCCAGUGUCGGACAACUCGGAACCUGAUAGUCCUCUCUCCAAUGACAGUAUGAUGGAUGAUUCAGGUGAUGAAGAAGACAGUCAGUUUAGUAUGACGAGUGGUAUGCUGGAUCGAUCUCGUAUGGUGCUCUGUGUGUUCAUGCUUGGCGUUCUUGCUUUCAACCCAUUCAAUUCAAUACUUGGGGGUAGCAGUAAAGUCAGUAUGGAGGCACAAGUGGGGCUUGGACAUGGAGCUAGUAGACAUCUCAACUCACUUGGAAACUUUUCACAAGAAUCCAGAGGUGGUUACGGAGGCUGGUUUGACUGGAUGUUCCCGACACUCUUCCUAUGGCUGAUGAAUGGUGUUAUUGUUGCUGGUGUACUUGCAAAGUUACUGAUCUAUGGUGAACCUGUCACAUGCAAGAACUCCAAUGCAUCAGUGUCCUUCUGGCGUCAUCGGAAACAAGCUGAUACCGAUAUCAUGAGGGGAAGCUUUUCGGCUGCUUCCAACCAGUUGCGACAAUGUCUACAGGCUCUCGGUCGUCCUCUCCCUACUUCUAAGUUGGAUAUGCUGUCUGGUGUUGCCUGGCAGUUAGUUCGUCAGGGACUCCACCGUGUUUACCUGGGUCGUUGGCUGUCCAGCAAAGCUGCCGGUUGGAGGAACAACAUCAAGAGUAGUGAUGUGAAGGAAUCUGCUCGGGAUGCUGCUCUUGUCUUCCACAAUCUCAACCAGCUUCAUCUGUCAGGUGAAUCUUGUGGUGGAUCUCUCUGGGGUUUGAACCUGGCUCUGAGUGCGGUCAACACCGCAGAAGCAGCCAGAGAAGCUAUGUCACGGACCAACCUGGUGGAGAUAUAUGCUACAGCUGCUCUGCAAGUCAAGACUUCAUUGCCAGAGAAAAUGCACUUCCUUGCUCGCUACUUCCUAAGUCGGGCCAGGCGAGUAUGUGUGAAAUAUGGUGAUAGAGUUGGACCACAUGUUCAGUGGUUGGCUCACCCAGAGGGACACCGUUUCUUUGUGGACUCCAAACUGAAAGUUGAAUCGACCGACACAUUUCUGUCAGCUCUUGACAGCCAAGUUGACCCCCUUGCUAAAGUUACACAGGCUUUCCGGGAGAACUUGUUGUCACAGGCCUUGUAUUCCCUAGUUGCACCUGAACACCCGAACAGGAAGGAUUCCAUGUCUGAAACAAUGCAGUAUGCACAGUUGUUGUGCAACUCUUCAUGCACUAAAGAUGGCCACCCCUCGGCUGCCAUUGGAGAAUUUGGUGUGAACAAUGCUGAUGAGGUUUCUCUCUGGUGGGCUGGCAUUGUCAGUGUGGCCUUCUACUGGCUGAAGGGAGAUGAUGACAAUGCCAAGGACUACUAUAGUGUGCUUGAUGUCUUCCCCAAGAAGCUGCAGGCAAUUGAUGAUCCACUGCCAAGAGCUGUGAUGUUUGCCUACAAAGCUAGAAAGAGCCUAUUGGAGCAGAGAGAGAACUUUAACAGCAAGAUGUGCAUCAGGCAGUGUGACCGUGCAGGACGUUCACUGCGGGAGAGUCUGAAACUUGUGUACCCACAACAGAAAGCUGCAGCUGUAAAGGCCAUCCAGCUGCUUACUUGUGAUUGGUUGCUGACAACCCGGUCCCAAGUUUGGGAGAUGACACACGAUUGGCUGGGCACUACCAAGCCCGUCUCUCAAACAGAACUCAUUGCCUUCCAGCAGGAUCUGGCCAGUCUCCGCAAACUAUCACAGAGCAUGAAGACAGCUUUGCCAAAAGUGUUCCUGCACGAGGCAAUGGCUCGAGUGAUGGCUGGAGCCAGUCCUGCACGGACGCAGCAGCUGCUGGACAGGAGCAUCCGGAGGCGAGGUGCAAAAACUGCAACAUAUUGUGAUGAGACAACAAACAGUGACAUAUCUGAGAGAGAACAGGCCUCUGCCCUGUUGUUAGCAGGACGCCAUCUGCCUGAUCCCCUUGUCAGCAGUGUUGGUGCCAGGGUUGGGAUGGUCACUCAGGCCAGUCAGCUGUAUGAAACCAUUGGGGACAGAAAGUCAGUUCAGCUCUGUCGGAAAACGCUUCUUCAGAUGGAAGAAAAUUCACACAAAAGCACAGAUGUUGCAAUAGAAUGCUGAGAGUCCCAUUUCAUUUCAUUGUAAAUAAUCUCUGACUUUGAACAUAAUUUCAAGCCUUACAUAGUUAAUUCUGUUUCUGUUUCCAUUCUGUUUGUUUCGAUUCUACAAGAGUAUUUUGUUCUGUAUGAAUCUUCAAGUUUGUUUGAUUUUUUAAAUUUUGAUCUGUUGACUGUUACUCAUUUGUUGUUAUUUGAUAUUGUCAUAUGUUAUGUCAAUAACCCUGGAAAGAUUAGACCUAAAUUACAUUGUUAUGGAAUUUCAUUACUGGAUAUGUUGCUAAAAGUUUUGUCGCCUUUCGUAAAUUGAAAUGAACACUUACAUUUACAGAUGCAUUUGAAGUUUGUCUCAUCACAUGUUUAUGUAGAGUUUUGAUACCAUGUCAUAGAAAAAAAGAUUGUAUAUGCUGUACAUAAGUAUUAUUUAAGAUGAGGCAAGAAUGUGAGUUGUGUGUGUGUGCGUGUAUGUCAAUAAAUAUUUUAACUCCUUAA